CAUUUGCAAAUUUACAGAGGGUAUUUGAAAUCAUUGAAUUAAAAAAUGAUGUUUUUUACAAAUCUCGAGGACAUAGCCAUGUGUUAAUUGAUCGUUCAUAUGAUGGUCAAUUCAAAAAGCAACUAGGCUGUACACGUGGAGGUCUACAUAUCCAGUUCACGUUACCACGACAACCUAUCAAUAUGAUGAAGUACUUGGCUGUCCUUACUAUUGUGGUAUUCCUCAUCGUCUUGUCUUCGGAGGAUUCAAGCGCUUUCCAGACUCGCAUGGCACAAGUUGAAAAGCGAGUGAAACGUGCACGCGGCGGCGGGUUUCACGCUCGCAUUGCAAAAGUUGAAAAUCGAGUGAAACGUAGCGGAUUCCAGAUUCGAUAUGCCAAUCACGGGCUCCAAAAGCAGCAAGUUUAACGCAAUCCUCUGUUUGCACAGUGACUGAUAUCCCGACCAUACAACCCGGAAGACGUUCAUGAACGACAAAAUGAAUAACCACCACACCACCAGCGUUGCAAAAUUUAAUACGAAGAGCAGCCGAGAUGAUAGAAACUAUAACCAUACAUUUAUAUAACCUAACACCUAAACACUUUCUGCAUAUGAAACAUUUCAAGAUCUUGCCACACGUAUAUAACAAAGCGAAUUUCUAACUGAACAUGGCAUGUUGAUAUGUAAUGAAUUGAAUUAAGAAAAACUUAGCUACCUAAUAUAUAGACUAUGUAAUGAAUAUGGAUAUUAUAUGUAAUGAAUUGAAUUAAAAAAACUUAGCUACCUAUAAACAGCAAUCUAAAGAAUUUAAAAUGUGUAAUCAUAUAAUUAACCCGUUAUUAAUUCAGAGAAACAAAUAAUUUAAUAAAAC